AUGUCCGAGCAGGACUCUACCACCGACCCGAUAAGGGAAGAUGAUGACUCAAGACCAGCCAAAAGGCAACGCAGUUUCAUCGCGCGGCAGGCAUGUGAAGCGUGCAGAGCAAAGAAGACGCGAUGUGAUGAGGAUGAUCCAUGCAGCCUCUGCCGAACCUUGGGCAUCGAGUGCAUUUAUGUACAACGCAAAGUCACCAAAAAUGAGACCUCGAUGAGCAUGAUUUUCAAUACCCUGCGAAGAAUGGAAUCCAAGAUUGAACAUUUGUCACGCCCUACGACCUCCGAGCACCUGCCUGAUGAGACUCAUCAAGCCGAAUUGAAAAGUGCGACCAUCAGUCCUUACCACAUCGACCCGGCUAUCUUCCAUCCAUCGAGCGCCUCUCCUCAACCCCCAUUAGUGAGGAGCGCGAUCCAUCCCCCAGCAAGCGGGUCCGUCAUAUCGUUUAGCGCUCAUAGGACGAUCCACUGGCCUGGCAUUCAAAAGUCGCUGUCACCAAGUCUUUCUGCUGCCAUUCGUAACCUCAACGCGACUUAUCCUACACAUCUCGAGUCCGGACGAGCAUCAUUACAGCCUACCAUCAGGGGGCAGGCGACGCUGACGACUGGCGAUUGGUUGUCCUCACUGAGUAUCUCCUUCGUAAAGGAACUAUCCAAUGCUUAUUUUGAGACAUUCAAUCGUGUCUAUCCUUUUGUCGAUCGGGACCAUUACUUCCUCAGCACUCUUGCUGUCGUGGUUCGUGAAGGUUUCGGCUAUGAUAUCGAGUCGUCUCUCGUCUUGAACAUCAUGGCGCUAGGAUGCAUGGGUCUCAAAGCUUUUGAGCAAGGCGGCUUCAAUACUCCGGAUCAUGAUUCCGUUACGCCGCUUAUCCGUCAUAUAAUGGACGAGGAGAUUCCAGGAUUGAGCUUCUUCAACGAAGCGCGAAGAAGAGUCGGCUUCUGCAUGUGUGACCGAGACAUCCAGAGCUGUCAAUACUACCUGUCCUCAGCCGUCUUCUACGCGCAGGUGAUGCGACCAGUCGAUGAGUGGAUGAUGGCAAAUCGCGCAGCAAUAACUUGUGCAGCCUUCUGGAAAUGUCCGCCUGAACCACUCGAUGAAUGGUCAGCUGACAUGCAAUCAAGACUGUUCUGGUCGACGCUUAUACUGGAGACCGUGAUCAUCCAGGAGUUGGAACUACCCUCCAGCGGAUUGAAAGAGUUCGAGGAUGUUGUACCGCUCCCAAAAUUUACGGCGUAUCCCUACGUUGACAGCACACGAUCUCGAAACGCGGACGACUCCUUCUACCAUUAUCAUUUCCUUGCACAGAUAGCUCAUCGAAUCAUCCUAACGCGGGUUCGUGAUGAGUUGUACUUCAGCAACCCUUCGUUCACACUUGCCGAUGAAUUGUCACACCAACUCGAAGAAUGGCGAGCAAAACUUCCACCGGCGUUACACUUUGACGAAGACGAUCCGGGACAGGCUUUUGCCAAUCCUGCUGAUGCUGUGGUUGUUGGACUACUGCAGGCUCGCUAUCGGAUUUCAAAUUUCCACUUGGGCCGGCCUUUUCUGUACAAAGCAUUGCAAAACCCGGCCUCUGUCAGCGAGACCGAUUUGAAGAUGUGUUCCAAGUCACUGCGAUUUGCCAUGGACUCACCAUUCGCAUGGGAAGUCUGUGCAAGCAUGAAGAAUUUUAUGCCUGUUGGGUAUUUCGCAGCUGGGCAGUUUUUCGGGCAGCUAUUUCUCUUCCAUGCAUUCGCACACUCUCCGGACUAUCGACUACGAGAUGUGCUCCCUGCCGGACACGAGCUCUGGUGCACCAGAAUGCUACGAUACAUAUCCGAACUGGCAGUAACGAAUCCCACCAUCGCAAAAGAUUUCCAACUGUUAUCAACACUAUACCGACUCGAUGAUACCUGA